AUGUCCUACUGCCGGGAAAGUGGAAAAGAUAAAAUCGUGUUCGUUACGAAGGAAGAUCACGCGGAACCUUCUAGAAUAGUUCUUUCGGAGGACGACGAGAAGCCUGGACUCAUUCUUCCGAAUGGAGAAAUUAAUUGGAAUUGCCCCUGCCUUGGUGGAAUGGCAACAGGACCGUGCGGCGUAGAAUUUCGUGAUGCGUUUUCCUGCUUCCAUUAUAGUGAAUCGGAAACAAAAGGAACGGAGUGUAUCGAGAAGUUCAGUGAAAUGCAACGUUGCAUGCUUCAGUACCCCGCUCUUUACGGGAAACUGAAUGAACCGGAUGAUGAAGAUGACGUAUUAGGAGUUGAAGACGAAGGAACCGCUGCGAAUUCCGUGGUUUCCGAUUCAAAAGAGUCAACCGCUGUGGCUGCGAAAACUGACGCAGGGCAGCAUUGA